CAAACGUCGCAUUUUGCAUGUGUCGAAUACAAUUGUUUGAAUUAUCUGCAUGCGAGAUGCGACGUAUGAAACAAUUGAAUUCGCCGUUUUUAAUUGCGGUCGACCGUGAUGCUAAAUUCGACUGUUCCGGUCGCAUUAUGCGAGCUCGAUGCGACGUGGUUUCAUAGGUCGCAUUUUGCAUGUGUCGAAUUUAAUUCGCUUGAAGAAAAAGACGAAGAACGUCAUGUUAUAUUAUUGAAAGAAUUUCCCGCGUUUUUUCGUCCAUGUGGUAUAUGCAAAUAUGGAGGACAAAGACAAAGGAAAUAUUGAACCAAAACAGUCGACGACGUAUUGUAUUUCAUGUGGAAAGCUAACAAACUACAUUUGCCUGCAGUGUUCUGCGUCUGUUUGUAAUCGCUGCGCGAUACAUGAACCAGACGACGAAUGCCAAGGCUGGCUUGCUGGGAAAGCAGUUGGAUAUUGUAUCAAUUGCAAUAUUUUUGGGCAAGAGUAUGAAGAAAAAUUAGAAAAUAACAAGAAAAGUGAGCAAACAAAUGCCGGUGAUAGUUCUACAAUCCCACAGAAUGAGGAUGAUGGUGAAGAAAAUUGCACAAGAUUUAUUGGUACCAAGAGAAAAAAAGGAAAGGCUGGAAGAAAAGCAGUGUGGAGUACUGAUGCUGUGGAUGACUUAGUGGAUAUCAUUACAUCUGAUGACUACAAUAAACAAAAGUUGAUAUUUACUAACACAAAAAAUCAAAAUAAUGGCAUUAUUUAUGAAAAGGUAUUAACUGAGCUGAAAAAAGAGCAAAAAAGAGGAGAAGAGAUUACGUUCACUGUUCAACAGUUGAGGACAAAAUUUAAACGUUGUGUCAGCGAUUGUAAACAAGCUUGCCAUGAAUAA